UGUGUGCUCUUGACAUCGAUUUCAUAUGUUGAUUCUUUUUUAAGCGGGAAGACCUUUAUGAUUGUAAUAAAGUGGUUACAUAUGAAAUGAGAUGAGUGUGAGGUUUUAGUUACUCUUCCGAAAUUAUUCUAAGAUACAUGUUUCGGUGGAAAUGACAUUCGAUAAUAAAAAAAAUAUGCCAGCACAAGGGAUUAAAGCUGUCCUACUAGGACCUCCUGGUAGUGGAAAAGGCACACAGGCACCAAAACUAAAAGAAAAGUACUGCGUUUGUCAUUUAUCCACCGGUGAUAUGCUACGAGCAGAAAUACAAUCAGGUUCAGCCAUGGGUAUGCACUUGAAAAAAAUUAUGGACAGUGGGCAAUUAGUAAAAGAUGAAUUGGUCGUUGACAUGAUUGAUAAAAAUCUUGAUAAGCCAGAAUGUGAAAAAGGAUUUUUAUUAGAUGGAUUUCCUCGAACUGUAACUCAGGCAGAAAAGUUGGAUGCUAUGUUAGACCAGAGAAAAACUAAACUGGAUGCCGUUAUUGAAUUUGGAAUUGAUGAUAAUUUACUGAUAAGAAGAAUAACGGGACGUUUAAUACAUCCAGCGAGCGGGAGAUCUUAUCAUGAAGAGUUCGCCCCUCCAAAGAGCCCCAUGAAAGAUGAUAUUACAGGAGAGCCACUCAUAAAAAGGUCUGAUGAUAACGCCGAAGCGCUGAUUACGAGAUUGAAGUCUUAUCAUGAGAAAACUCAACCAUUAGUUGAUUACUAUGCUCUUCGGGGAAUCCAUAACUAUGUAAAUGCUGCCAAUUCAGCUGAACAAGUCUUUAAGGAUAUUGACUCAAUAUUUAUGAAGGCAAAAGCUCAAGAUACCAAACCAAGUUUUUUUAAGAGAUUCUGGUAAAUCUCUAAUUCAUCAUGAGAAUAAUGAUUGUAUAGUUUAAUAAAAUCUUAAUAAAUAAAAAUAAUCAAAAAAA